CAAUACCUGGAAUGAAUCUCAUAAUAUUCUGUAAAGGUUUGUUGUUACUACACCUAUACUAUACCGCCAUCUAUAUUCGGUUCUCUUUGUCCUUGAAUCUUAUCCAAUCAGCAUCGAGCCCGCCAAGCGUCAGUUGAAAAGUUGUAAAUGGAGAAUUAAAUUCUCGCCUGUUUAUUGGACAUUUUCACCGAUUUAGAGUACCAAGUCACUAAAUUUAGUUAACAAAAGUGACCAAAUAAAAUGCCAGGCACCCCUACACGUGGAAAGGAUCACCUAUAAUAAGACUAACAAUCACGAUCCAAAAUGCCUGAUGAACACACUGUUGGGGACGCAGUUUAUGCCAAAUGGCCACAAACAAACCUUUGGUUCCAUGCUACUGUAGUCAAGUCUAAGAAAGGUUAUGUCACUGUGCGUUUUAAUGAUGAGGAUGCGACAGUCGAGACACUCCCCGAUAAAUUUGUCUCAGCUGAGGGCAGGUUUGCCCGUUCAGGUUCCAAGUCUCCAGGACGCAAACGAUCACGCUCUCGCAGUAGAGGCAGGUCACCAGGUCGUAAAGUGAAGGCUAGCCCUUCCCCUGUUAAGAAGACCACCACCUCCACCAGGACAACCACUUCCACCAGAUCCCGUAGCAGAUCUAAGACACGCGUCAUGAGAGCUGAAACUCCAACCAGGCAGUCUGCCAGAAUACAAGCUAAACAAAUAGCAGAGGCCUCAGGAACUACAACAACCACAAAAACAUUUGUGGCGGAGGAACUUGUCCAGAAAUCUCGGGUUGGAAAAACUACAGAGAAAGAUUUUGGUGGAGUGAUUGGUACUUUUGUAAUGACGCUAGUUAUGCCCAUUUUCAUCAUGCAUGCUACAUUUGUGGCAAAUAGUGGCUGGGUGAUUAAAGAACACAAGCAUAUUGCUGUGAGAGAUUUGGUGGAUAGGAGAGCCAUUGCCAUCUAUGGGGGUUGGUUUGUCUUCCAAGCUAUCCUUGCUAUGUUACCUCUUGGGCGUGUAGUAGAGGGUGUCACUCUCAGGAAUGGGACCAAGCUUGAGUACAGGUGUAAUGGCUUCAUCGCACUACUGGUGAGCUUAGCAGCAUUUGGAGCUGCCGUGAAAUUAAAGUAUCCCGUCACAAUUGUAUGCGAUCUCUUCCCUCAACUGGUAUUCACUGGAAUCGUAUUCUCCAUUGUCCUCAGUGUCGCCCUCUAUAUCAGAGCCAGAGGCUGCAGUAAUGCUGCUCUUGCCACAGGAGGAAACUCAGGGAACAUCAUUUAUGACUUCUUCAAAGGCAGGGAGCUAAAUCCCCGAUGUUUCGGCGGCGCAUUUGAUCUCAAGUUCUUCUGUGAAUUAAGACCAGGAUUGAUUGGCUGGGUUAUGGUGAACUUUUGUUUCAUCUCUAAAGACUGCCUGGAAAAUAAAUACCCAUCGUACGCUGCAGUCCUUGUUGCUGUUUUCCAGUUGUGGUAUGUUGCUGAUGCCCUGUGGUUUGAGGAAGCCAUACUGACAACUAUGGACAUUGUACAUGAUGGAUUUGGUUACAUGUUGGCACUUGGAGACCUUGCUUGGGUGCCAUUCCUCUACAGCCUUCAAGUGCGCUUCCUGAUAGACAACCCACAGACUUACUCCUGGUACACUCUCACAGGAUUCUUCCUGAUGAACUUGAUUGGUUUUCUGAUAUUCCGCGGUAGUAACUCUCAGAAGGAUGCGUUCAGGAAAAACCCUUACGACCCAGCCUUGGCCCACCUAGAGAGCAUGCCUACAAGUGCUGGUAAACGUCUCCUUGUCUCUGGUUGGUGGGGUAUGUGUAGGCAUCCCAACUAUCUUGGUGAUCUCAUCAUGGCAUUCGCCUGGACCCUCCCUUGUGGAUUCAAGUUUGCAAUGCCCUGGUUUUAUCCACUCUACUUCGUGGUCUUGCUGGUUCACCGUGCCUAUAGAGAUGACUUGUUCUGCAGGAAGAAGUACGGCACCUCAUGGAAUAAUUACCGUGAGCGCGUCAAGUACCAGAUUAUCCCAUAUGUAUACUAGAGGAUAUUAAGUGAAAAUCAAUGGCACCAAAAAUGACAGACAUGAUCGUAACAUACUUCAAAUGAAUUGAGAAACUGAUGAUUCACAUAAAUGGCAUCGAAACUAUGAAAUGUAUUUGUUUUACUAGACCAUAACUCUGAAUUGAUUCAUGUGAGUCUUAUGUAGAAUGAGUAUUAACUGACACAGUCAAGUAUCCGAUCCGCUCAUAUUCUAGACUCACACAUCAACAUUUAAAUCAUUAGUUUGAUUUUACCAUUACAUUCAGUGAAAUAAAUUUAUAAAUAAAAUAAAAAAUUUACCAUUUCGACAGGGUUAACUCAGAAUUUAUUAUUUUCUGGAUCAUACAUAGAUGUAAUCUUAUAGUUUCUUUGUACUUCAGCAAAGGAUUUGAAUGUAUGCAUUAUCUUUAAAUUCACCUGUAUUUUAUGACUUACAGCAUGAUAUAACAUUAUUUUAUUGACUCUUAAUUAUUUUUUAUUUACUUACACAAUACACAUGUACCAUCUUAAAGGAUGAAUUGUAUUUUACUGUUUAUUUAAUACUCUUAAUAUUAAUUAAUACAAGGUGUCACACUGCAUGGAAACUUUUUGUACUGAUUAAGUAGCGUGAUACCUCAUUAUAGUAUUAUAUAAAUCAAUAUAUAUUCUGUCAACCAAAAUUCACUGCCACUUCUAUUGACUGGUACAGUCAGCAUUGUACAUAGCCAUGAAAAUAUUUUGUGUGACUCUGUAUUUGGAACAAUCUUACUGUUUGUGAGUAUUGUUCCAGGCACGAUUUUAUCAUCUUGUAAAAAUGUGUUCAUUGUUGGAGUAUACAUAAAUUGUAUAUAGAUAUAUUAUACUAUUAACUAUAUACAUCAAUUUUAGUUUGGGUCAUUUUUAAAUGUUUUUAUAUUUUUUGAUUGAUUAUUAUUCGUGCAUAAUUUCAGAAAGAAUAUUUAUCAAGGGUUUGUUAUAAUGAAAAACUAAUAAUCUACAGUACAACCUGUCAUUUGGAACACCUGUAUAUUAGGGGAAUACAUUUUCAGCCAAACUAUGGGUGUUCCAUCAAUGCAGGUUUCACUGUAAGUAACACAAUUCCAUGUUCAAUAAGGUUAAACUAAAUGAGAUCAAUUAUUCUAGCCUCAAUUAGAUAUGCUUUAUUCAAUCCCAUAAUGACCAAAGAGAAUUAUUUUGUACAUACUUGAUGUGGAAUGUUGGUCCAGUUUAGGAUUUUUAAUAUUGUAUUGUCAUUGUUUUCUCUGAUUUCACAUAUUUGUGAUAAAUUAUGGCAAAAAUGUCAGAAAUCAAUUUGAUUUAAAAAUUCACCAAUUUCUGUCUGUUUUGUCUCUUUAGCUGUAAAUAUCGGAGGAAAUGCUAGUAGAUUUUUAGUUCAGUAUUUUAUUUAUUUUGAGUUUACAUUUUUGUGUCGAGUAAAAUAGCAUGUGAGCUAUAGUAUUGUAAAUACAUGUACUAGAAAACUGAUUAAAUCUACAGGAAAUUCUGUCUUCAUGUGGUCGACUUACAAUUAAGUUUACAGUACUGUAACUAUAAAAGCCGUGAAGACCGAAUAGCAUGAUGUAAAUAAACUUUCAACACACCAUUUGUUCACAAGUUCAGCAAUGCACUGUUAAGGAUCAUUCAUAUGAAAUAGUAAAUGUACUACUAUUCUCCUAUAGCCAGAUUGUUUAAUCUUUUUUAAUCUAACUUCAAAAGAUAAAUUGUGUCAAAUAAAAGUACUAAAAUUUGUCUUCAUUCCUAUAUUGUAUAUAUAUUAUAAUAUAUAUUAUUUUCUUAUAUGGGUUUCUCAGGGAAUCUAUAUUAACACAUAAAAUCUAUGUUAACAUUAUUAACCAGUACAGUGUAUAAAAUGUAAAACUUGGAAAUAAAUGUGAAUUUUCUAUGUAAAUACAA